AUGGCCAACGUUAUAGGAAGUCGCAUAUUCCGUUUGCUCCUGGCGCUGCUGCUUAGCUUCUCGCUGGCUUUGGUCAGAGCUGGCAAUUACAGCAGCAGCUUUGGCUUCAGCUCCAACAUCUCCGACAGUUCCAACAGUUCCUGCCGUGCUGUCAGUUAUCUCCGUGAGAAACCACUGCAUCUGCCGCACUUGCUGCAGCGGCAAAAGCGUUGGCUUAUCUUUGAACUGGGCACCUCCGUCACAGUUACGGCCAAUUGUGCAAAGGCUUUGGUGGACACCAUACCCAGAGGCAUGGUACUGCUUGCCGAGGCAACGGCAAUUUAUGAUUUGCCUGGAUCGGUUGACGAUUGGUUGCCACGUCGCAGGCGCAAGCCCAAGCCCCCACCGCCGCCGCCACCACCACCUCCACCACCACCACCACCGCCAGCUCCAGUUGCUGUUGUACCAGCUCCAGCACCCUUACUCUUUUCACAGCAACCGGUGAUUGUUCCUUUAAGUCCUGCCGAUCCCGUGCAGUCGUUUUACUUUGCAUAUCCACACGCAGCGCCGGUUCUGGGUCGCCGCAAGUCCUAUGUGAAGCAGGUGCACAGCGGCUGUCCGGCAUCCAAGCUAGUAAGAGAUGCGUACGGCAACUAUUACUGCCGGCCCACAGCAGAGUCACGCCGCCUGCGGCGUGAGCUACAAAGAAAUGGAGCCAAUCUCCUGAAUGACGGGCAGAGUCCACAUGGAAUGCUGUUCGAUUUGCUGGGAAUGCUGUCUGCGAUACAUCAGUAUGAGCCGCGCUACUGCAUCAUGCGGACUCUUUGCGAGUCCCGCCAUCUGCUGGCACCACCCGGCCAAUCGCUGUUUCACGAUAUUUUUCGCAUUCUGCUGCGCUACGUGCAUCCGGAGAUUGCCCAUAAGCCCAUAUAUCGCAAGGCCUUUACCAGUGGACAUUCGCUGCAUGAGUGCGCACGGUGGUAUGGCGCGCACUGUCCACAGAGUUUUUUGCUACACUUCAGCUCACAGUUUCAGAGCAAAUUUGCAAAUGCAUUUAAUAAAGCGACCUAA